UUAUAAAGCCCUAAAGCCGCUAGUUGCAACAAGCACUUCAAACCGGGUCGCAAUUGCCUGAUCAAGUGCGCCGCCACUUUGGCGAUCCGGCCGCCGCCUUGUUUCCCCUCUUCCUGCGAUUCGGCCGCCGCCUUGGCUUCCCCUCCUCCCGCGACCCGGCCGCCGCCCUGGCUUCCCCUCCUCCCGCGACCCGGCCGCCGCCUUGGCUUCCCCUCCUCCCGCGACCCGGCCGCCGCCUUGGCUUACCCUCCUCCUGCGGCCCGGCCGCCGCCUCUUGGCUUCCCCUUCUCCUGCGAUCCGGCCGCGCCUUGGCUGCAGUCCGCUUGAUAUCUCUACGCAUCGGACGAGGUCAAGCGAGCAGACCAGCUGCCCAUCUGGCUGCUGCAAAGUCGCGCUUCAGGUUUUACGCCGCAUCCCUGGUUCAACGAUUUUGAUCAUGGAUCAGCUUUACCGCAGGAUCAGUAGAAGCAUUGUUAAGAUAGCGAUUGGGCAUUCCUUUUAUCAUGGUUUUGUUUCUGAUAUCAUGCCACGGCUCACUGUAAUGGCAAGUGCGGCCUCAUUUCCAACGCCAUUGAAAAAUUACGAUGUCCUUCUGAGUUUUCCAGAUGGAAAAGAGUUCUUUUACCCUGCAGAAAGCGCUAUCCAAAUCAUCCAAAUCACAGACGGUAUUGCUGUAAUAGAAUGCCAUGGGGAAGAGAUUGAUACAGAUCUGGUCGAGGCACUUCAAGUAUGUGGAGAACAAGUUUCAAUAUCUGAAGAAGUGUAUACAUAUAAUGCUUACGCUGAGGGCAUAGAAAGCGCCAUAACCAAAGGUUAUGUAAUGUCAAUACAAGAGAGUUCGUUCUUCCACAGCUGCUCUGCAGGUUUAACUUUGCACCUGGGAGCAUUGGUCAUUAACAAAGGCGGUCAAUUGGUUGGCUUGUGUACUGGGUUUGAUCGCCACCUAAUUGCUAGAGAAAUGUCUGCACUAGCAUAAGUAGAUCCUGAUUACAUAUACCCAACCGAAGACUGUUUAUGUUCUUUUUUCAAAUAAAUAAUUUAGUUCAUGAAUAUUAUGUUAGAGCAUGCUUUGAAUUAAUGCUUCCACAGUCCUACUGAUUAUGUUUCUCACAAACGACAUGGUGAAAUGCAUGGGAAUAUUUCCCUGAAAUGCUAUUUCACACUUUCAGCAGCUACGGACAAGAAUUUAAAAGCAUGUACCUUGUUUCAAAGAUCUAGUUAUAUUGUGUUCUAUGGCUAAUUAAGAAACUUUAUAGAUAUUGGGAUCUAGCUAUAAUUUUUUCACAAUUUGGGCUUUGCACUUAGAUUUAAUAUAUAGUCAAAUAUACAUAACCAGUGUUAGGUAAGAACCUAUUUUGCAUCUUGGUUCACUGCUUUACCCAUUUGUGUUUGGGAAAGCAAUAUUCAUAAUUGAUUAAAAUGUGCACUUUAUCUGAAGUGCAUUUUAUAAAAUGGUUGCAAAAAGAAACUUUAGUCAGAAUUGAAAGGCCAAGCUUGGGAAGAAUAACGGAGCAUAUGGCAGAACCAAAUAGCUAUUGAUAGCCCUGUUACUUUUAUAUGUUUUUUAAGCUGUUGAGCAAUUGCUUCUCCUGGUCUUUGGUGAAUGAGAGGAUAAUUCAAGAAAAUUGAGUGGGGUAAAAUGGUCUUGUUCCAGUAAUUCUAUAUCAGUGUUAGAUAAGAACAUAUUUUCAGAAAAUGAGAGGGUAAAAUCCCACAUUCUUCAGCCGUGACUGGUGACACCUUUGUUAUUUUUUAAUUGAAGUAGGAGCUUAUGUUGGCCACUGUAACUUUUUGGCAAUGCUACCAACCACCAACUUCUGUCUUGAUGAAACCUGAAUAUUACACAGUACACUCAAUUGAUUUGAGAGCAAUAUGACAGCGCUUCUGUGGUUGCUAGUUUUUGUUAAAAAUAUACAUCGUCCUCCUAGUGGUAUGAUAUUUUGGCUGCAGUUUUUUUUUCUUAUGAUGGAGCUAUAUCCUAAGAUAAAAAUACCAAUCUAUAUGUGACUAUCUAACCUAUCAAGUGCUUUGUGCCUUUGGGCAAGAUGAUUUGUCGUAUCAAGUGUUUGUCAUUCUGUCCUGGCAUUUUGAACCCCUUGAGGUGGCAGUUUUCAACAUUUUAACCUGCCAUGUCUUCCCUGGAUUAUUUGAGCUUGUGCACCUUUUUCAGUUUUCAUCCGUGUCCAUAUGUAAAAAGAGAGUGUAUCUGAUGCCUCCUCUUGUAUUUCAGGAGAACCAUUUGUAGAUGGGCAAGCUGUUCCUUAGGACCCCGAAUACCACAAGGAGUGGGUGAGAAACACUCCUUUUGGCAACCGGUGUACUCAUAGCCGUCCCAACUUUGAAAGGAGAAGGUAUAACACGUGUACAGUCCUACCUGUGCGGGCCUGAUCCACCAAGUUAUCAGUUUCCCUCACAGGUAACCCAAGCUACGAAUGCAGCGGCAACUACAACAACACCGCCCCACCUGCUUACGAAGGCAGGAACGGGCCAGGGGAGGCAUUACCAAUAGAGAUCACUGCUAGAAGAUUGCCGUAGGAAAGUUAGUACGGAUUUUUUGCAUAUAUUCUCUAUCCGUACCAGUUUUGUGAGAAAUAUAAUUACUAAAGCUUA